CGACUGUGUUCUCUUUUGGAGCUGCAGAAGAGUCUAUUCAAGGCAUCACCUCCCCUGACGCGCUUCCACUUCUGAUCAUACAUCGCUGCGCGCAAGACCAAUAUGUCUGGACAACUAGCUGCUCUCGUGGGGAAGAGGAUCCUCAAUGAACAUGCCAAGAACCAUUUCGGUCAAGAGGACCCCUAUUUCGAGGAAGUACCCGCAUCCCGCCUCAAUCGUGCAUUUGGACGGAAGACUCAGAAGCGGAGAAAGGCAGUACCGCCGGGUCUCUCUGAAAAUGAUGCCAAAGUCUUGACCAAAGUCAAGCGCAGAGCAUACAGGCUAGAUUACUCUCUCUUCAAUUUGUGUGGCAUACAGUUUGGCUGGAGCAGUGUGAUUGCUAUCAUACCAUUUGCUGGUGAUGCCGCUGAUGUCGCCCUGGCCUUGAUGGUUCUCAGGACAUGCGAGGAAAUCGAUGGAGGACUACCUGGCAACCUUCGGAUGCAUAUGAUGUUCAACAUCAUGAUUGACUUCAUAGUUGGACUCGUGCCCUUCGUUGGUGAUAUUGCCGAUGCCUUGUAUAAAUGCAACACGCGGAACGCUGUCUUGCUUGAGAAACAUCUGCGCGCGAAAGGAGCACGGGCGAUGGCUAAGGGUAGCAAGCAACAACAACGCGUUACAGACCUUAGUGUCGCCGAAGAGUUCGAUCGUUACGAGGAUGGGUUGCUGACUGACCAACCCAACCAUCCGGGACAGAGCGCUUCAGGGGCCAGAACUGACGACGGCGUCGAUGAACCUGUCAGACCACAACCUGCCAAAACCCAAAAGGAAAAUCGUGGUGGCAGGGGUUGGUUUGGCGGUGCCAAACAGCCGACAGGCGACCUCGAAAGGGGAGUUGUACGCAAUACGGAUUAAUAUCGCGUUCGUGCUCGAUGAGUUGCCGCAACUGAAUGGUGUAAUUUUAAUGAUUAAUAAUGGGUUUCGGUUACGCGUACAUAC